CCGGCUGCUCUCUGAUGUGAAACUAAAAGCAAAAAAUUCUCUCGAGUGUUUAAAGGAAGCGUCAAGGCCGGACGGGUGUGAUUAGUGCCUGAAAUACAACCAAACACACUCUCAUACACUCUCACACACGCACAUUGCUGGAACCUCAGGUGCCGGCUCACAGAGGGAUAAACUUCAUAACUGUACACUCCAGACGGACACCAGUUUGAGACAUGGAGAUCUUCAGAACUACUUUGUCUUUGCUGAUGAUCUUCACUGCUGCUGCAGCUUCAGAUUUUUCGGACUGCAAACUGAUGGGGAUUUACGGAACCAAAAACAACUUCAUCAGCGUGGACGAGAUACCAUACGAGUGCAGGACAAACUUCGUCACAGAGAACGGGACAGAAGUGCACAUCAUCAAUCUGCGCAUCAGUCCAGAGAAUAUAUACCUGUUUAUUACAGUGACUACAGACGCUCCAUCCAUCCUGAUCUUCACCAACUCAGAUACUCACAACCAAGGCAUCUACGUCAAUUUCAGCUCCUCCAAUGUAAAGAUCUAUGUAUCAGGCACGACUUCACUGAAGCCUUAUAUCAGUAGAGAUUCCGGUCAGGUUCACCCUCAGAUUCACAGCGCUCCAGAUGUUAAGGGCAAUGAGCUGGUAUUGUGGGCAACACAACAGUUUGGAGGAGUUUCAUCCUUCACAACAUUCAGAGAUCCAAAGAACAUCUACUUCCCCAAGCUGAAAGCCUCAGGGACUCCGGGGUCAUCCGUCUGCCAGCUGAGGCAGGAUGUACAAACCUCAGCAGACACGGUUCAGUCCUGCGUGAUGGAUUCUAAGGACGAGCUUCACAUCAUCAACAUCCCGGAUGACAUCGCCGUCAGGAACAUCACAGUGGACGUGGUUACGGAUGACGAAGUAAAAGCGAAGCUGGUCCUCAGGGGUCCCGUCGGUACGGUCUGGAACAUCAGCGGUAUGGGAACUCUCUCUUUUCUGUGCAACAAUGUCGUCCAAUUACAAACAGUUGUCAUGCCUCCAUGGGCUAACCUCUCUGAUAGCGACACCGAGCUCUGGAAUAAAGUGCUGGAUUAUUUUAAGAACACCGCAAUCAGGAGCUACACAAAGAUUCAUCUGAACAACCCAGUGAUCCAAAUAAGGAUCAGAACACGAGAGCCCAUUAAAGUUACUGAGAUAGCUGAGGUGAGCACCACAGAGUCUCCCAAAUCUUUCAACACCAUGCAGUUGUUCAUGUCUUCAGAUUACAAGGUGGAAAUUCAUUCCAACACCAAAGUGCAGACCAACAAGAGGAUCUACGCUCAGGUCAGGAGUUUGAUCCUUGGCGAGUUGGACAUAUUUAUCAGUGUGAAGUCAUGUUCGGUUCAUUCCAAAGGUAUCCAGCCGACGGAGAAGAGAAUCUCCUUUAAUUCAGAGCCGUGCUCGUCGUGCCGUCAUAGCAGCAGGUUCAGCUUCUCUCUCGACAUGCUGCAGGAUCUGCCCUCCAACACCUGGGAGCUUCAGUGCAACUUCAGCCUCUGUACCAGAACGGAUUGUUCAAACCCGCAGCUGGUGACGAAGGCAGUGCAAGUGACGCCGUACAUCCCGCCACAGAAUCCAUGUAUCAAGUUCAGCCUGCUGUCAGUCCUGGGCAUCGCUUUCGGAGGUUUCCUCAUCGGCGUCCUGCUCGUCGGCGCUCUCUGGUUCAUCAAGAUCCGCACAGGUUACCCGGUCGCUCUGGGUUUUGGCUCCACAGGGACCUUCUUCUCAGGAUGUCCAUGCACGCUGACUAAGCAUCAGUCUGUGCCCACUAACCCGUCUCCCUCUGAGAACAGCAGUGCCAAUGGCAGCAUGAGCAGCACCCAGAGCACACCGACCAGCAGCAUGGCAUGAGCAUGCUCAGAGAGACACACACACACACACACACACACACACACACACACACACACACACACACACACACACACACGCACACACACGCACACACACGCACACACACGCACACACAGACGAACAGGGCGGGGCUUUUUUUCGUCUGACCCGGGAACUUUUUUAAACUCCUCUGCAGCCACCCAGCAACAGGAAGUCAGCAGGACAAAAAAUCCUUGCCUCGAUCCGAGACAGGAAAAACACAGCAUAUCCCCCAAGAACUAACAGGAAAUUCACAGCAUUCCUCUCGACAGAUCGGAGGCACAAUAAGACUCAAGGAGAAAAACACAGAUCAAACCACCGUGACCUGCAUCACCCCUCUAAUUACUGAAAAAAAAAGAAAGGUCUCAGUUCACGUUCACGCACGCGAUGAGCCGACAGUUUCACGUCUUUAUCCACUACGCUAAUAUAUUCCUGUCUCUCCAACCUCAAAGGACAGGUUUGGGAAAAGGCUACCUCUUCAUUUAUUCAGAGUACAGAAGAAAAAAAAUAUUAAAGUAGCUCCAGUUAGUCAUUUCUCUGCAGGAACGGCGUGGUUGUUGUUGUACAUUAGUGUAAAUGAUGACUAAAGUCAGAACUGUCCGAGUCCUCCUCCAACACUCUACUGAUCUGUGUAGAUAAAUAAUAAUCAUUUACUUUUCUAUUUCAAACACUAUUCCUGAUUUCACAGCUUUCCUCAUUCUCAUCAUCUUAACGUACUUAAACGUCCCGAACGUUCUUCUCGACGUUUCUCCUCGAGUUCGGCUCCAGAUAUGAGAUUAAAGGAAACAUCCGUUUAGAGCAGAAGAUAUCAGAAAGAAAUGUAUUUUAAACAAAUAAUCUAUCUAUCUAUAUGUCUAUAUCUAUAUAUCUAUAUAUAUAUUUUUUUUCGCAGUAUUUUUUUUUUUUAAUUGUACAAUUUUUUUUUGUUGUAAAAAAUAGUAAAAAAAAAAAAGAAAAAAAUUAGCAAAUUACAAAUAAUAAAUUUUCCAACUGACAAAAUAUUUUCAUUCUUGAUAUUUUUCUCCGAGUCUGUGUUCCUGGUGUAUUAAUGUUUAAUGUGUAUAUAAACUGCAACACUAUUGUUUAUAUUUCUUUAUUAUUUAAUACUAAUCAUUCAGACAGAUCAUGAGAUUUUUGGAGCGGACUCCGACUUUUAGAGGAUUUUUUUUUUCUAUGUAAGAUUUUCCGAAGCAACAAAUAAAAAAAAAAAAGUAAAUAAUUUUGCCAGUUUAUUUUGGAUCGACCUCGUAGCCUCGUGUGUGUGUAAUAAAACGUGAGUGUGUGUAAGAGCUCACUCGGUAUUUUGUACUAAAUCUAUCAUUUUGUAUGUUUAUCUUCUUGUUUUUGUGUAACAAUCCUGUACUGAGCAGUAAUGUGGUGUGUUUGAAGUGACAGAGGUGUGUGUUAGCGGUCAGACCGCGUCCGUGAUCCCUUUAUAAACUCUGUGUAAAUGUAAAAUGCUGUUUUUUAGUGACCUCGUCAUUUAAAAAUAUAUAUAACAACAAUAACACUCAUGUAUUCAGUGAGGAAUCAAAAAACGUGUGAGUUUCAGCUCAAGGACACGUCACGGAGGAGCUCGAGAACCAAAAACUCAUUUUAUUUCAGUAAAAUCUUCACCGCUAUCCAGGUCACGUCUCGUGUUAGCGACGUGACGUCCGAUGACUUUUAUGACAUGUUGUUAAAGACAAACGAUAAAAUUGUUGUUUUUGUGACUCCGACCUCCUCCGUGUGUGUAAGUGAAACUAAUGAACUCUCUCAAACCUCCAGCCUUAUACCAUGUAGCUUAUUUGUAUAUGAUUAAAGAGUCAAUUUCAUGUGAAUCUGUACUGUACAUCCAGACUUUCUCAGAAGGCCAGCUAUAAACAUUCAUAACAUGUUAUAACACA